AUGUACUCGAAGCUUGGGUGCAUUGCGGAGGCUCGAGAGGUGUUCGACCGAAUUGGAAAGGAGGAGAAGAGCGUUGUGUCGUGGACCGCGAUGAUGAUGGGGUGUAACGAGAAUGGAGAGGAAACUUUGGAGCUCUGCAACGCCAUGGCUGUCCUCCCAACUCUCGGACUUUUGUCGCAGCGCUCAUGGCCUGUGCUGGAUUGGCCGAGAAAGCUGAUGGGAGUGACAAGGCCGAAUAUCUUGAGAAGGGACGAGCGCUUCAUUCACAAGCUAGCCGCGUUCCAGCGAAUGCAGCGCUUGGACGUGGUGUCCUGGAACGCUCUCAUCCUGGGACACGUUGAGAAUGGCGAGAACGAGCGUGCACUCGAGAUCUUAGAGGCAUCGCGGAACGCUCGGACAUUCGUUGCGGCGCUGAUUGCAUGCCCCAGCCUAGCUGCAAAAGAAGCUGGGAAACAGGUUGACGGGAGAGUUUGA